AGCACAUCUGAGACGUUUUUGUUUUACUCCACUCUGAUACUUUCUAUGAACAACGUCCAUUGUUUAUUUAGUGUAUUAUUGUUGUGUUUGUGAAAAUAAAAGGCUUUCCUUAGCGUAACUAGACAAGUGAGUGGUAAGCGGCUCUGACUGAGUCGAGCUGUGAAGAGCGAGUCAGAUUUUCCAAUAGUUCAUUUAUGAGAAGCACGCGAGCUCCUUCUCUGUCUGCUGAUCUACAGUAGUCUGACUCUGUAAGUAUGCUGUUGCUCCAGGACACAAUGAGAAGCACUUGUUUGUCCUGGUGCCUUUUCCUGCUGUUUGUCUGGUACCCAGCACGCAGCAUAGUGACGGCGCUUGAGCUGGAGGAUUCGGACCGGGACUGGGGUUCUGGAUUACACGAACUCCUAAGCAGCUUUCCAGCUGAUAGUCCAUUUGUCAGAGAGACGCCCGACAAGCCUGCCAACUGCACUCAGCGCUUCUGGCUUCCUCCAUCCUCCCCUGUGUGCUGGGAUGAUAUAGCGGGUCCAGAGGAGUUUGAGAAAUCACGCCUUCUCGUGCUGCAGAACAGGGCAGCACUGCAGGCUGUAUCCACAUCUAGUGGUCUCGAGGAAGGGGGUGCAUCCUAUGAUCAACAAGCCAGGGAGAACAUGCAGGGCGUCUGGGCUGACCAUCUCGCUGUGGCCCAGACCGCCGAUACAAUGCAGAAGGUGUUCACAGAUUUGGAUGAGAAGAGGAAGGAGGGGGAAGAGCAUUAUACCUUCUCAAGUCUGAAGGAGCCCAUUGAAAACACGAAAGACUCCAUUGCUAAAAAGGAACAAGUAGCAGCACUUCUAGAGAAACAUCUUGCCAAUCUGGAGAGGUCUUUGAACACUAUGCAACUUCGACUGGCCAAACUGCUACCCCAGUAAUUUAAUCUGAGCAACACAACCUACACAUGUGGAAAAUAAUAUAAUGCAUGUUUAUUAUUACAUUUUAUCAAACAAAUAAGACUUGUAUCACCAUAUACUGCAUGCCAACAGCACCCUGUAUUUCUCUUUUGGUACGUAUUUUAAGUAAAUGGGAUAAAUAUUAGGUACUGGCAAUAAAUUAUAUUUUUAUACCUCCAGGCUAUAGACUGUUCCCUAAAAACGUAAGGUACAAUUAUAUUACAUUGGAUUUGUCUGUCAUAAAAAAACAACAGCAACAGUUCACUUUCAGAUGUUUUGCAUGUCAUAAGCCCCUUUUGCACAGUAAAUUGCCGUAAAAUUACAGGAACGACUUUACCGUAAAUACGAAAAUGCUUUGUUCACACAGGCAACAAUAU